UCAGACCAGAAGCAGUUUCCAGCCUCCCAAGAGUAACGUGAGACAAUGUACACGUAGGAAAGGCCUGUUUACUGUGCAAAGUUCAGGACCAGCCCCUUUCUGAGAACAAUAAAAUGAAACUAAAUUCCUCUCUUCUCUGCAGAACCAGCCAGGGCUGCUGCGAAUCCAGCACAACUGCUCCUAGCUGAACUGACUUGUUCGGUGUGUCUGGAUUAUUUUAAAGAUCCAGUGUCUCUAGAUUGUGGGCACCACUUCUGCCAGGCCUGCAUCACUCGGUGCUGGGAGGCAUUGAGUACAAACUUCCGCUGUCCUGAGUGCAGAGAAACCUUCUCCCAGAGAAACUUCAAACCAAAUAGACAGCUAAGGAAUAUCGUAGAAGCUUCCAGAAUGCUUACAAUGGAGUCAGCAAAAGAACAAGAAGUUGGGACAGUGUGUGAAAAACACCAGAGGGCUUUAGAUGUCUUCUGUCAAGUGGAACAAACACCCAUUUGUAAGGUUUGCCAUCUGUCCGGAGAUAACAAAGAACACACUGUGGUUCCCAUAGAGGAGGCUGCCGAGGAUUACAAGGACCAAAUUCGGAGCCGUUUGGAGAUUUUGAAGAAAGAGAGAGACGCGAUUCUGUCAUUUAAAUUGAGUGGGGAAAAUAAAAGCCAUGAAGUGCUGAAACAGCUAGAAACUGAGAAGCAGAAGAUUGUGUCUGAAUUUCAGCAACUGCGCCAGUUUUUGGAGGAACAAGAGCAACUCCGCCUGACCCAGUUGGAAGAGCUGAAUAAGGAAAUUGAAAAAGAGAGGGCUGAGUAUGUUGCCAAAUUAUCUGAGGAAAUAUCUUCUUUCAGUUCCCUGAUCAGUGAGAUGGAGCAGAAGUGCCAGCAGCCAGCAAGGGAAUUCCUGCAGGACAUCAAAGACACCUUGAGCAGAUCUGAGAGGGAGAAGUUUCAGAACCCAGUAGCCUUUUCUUCUGACCUGAAAUGGAGAAUCUGGGAAUCUUUUCAAAUAAAUGCAUCUCUGGAGAAAAUAAUGAAGAAAUUCAAAGACUCAUUGUCAUCUAGACAGCGGUUGGACAAAGCGACCGUGACUCUGGAUCCAGACACGGCCCAUCCCAACCUCAUCGUGUCUGCGGAUCGGAAAAGUGUGAGAUGGGAACGCAAAGAGCAGGAUCUGCCCAACAACCCUGAGAGAUUUGACAGUGUGCUCUGUCUGCUGGGCUCUGAGGGAUUCACCUCAGGCCGACAUUACUGGGAGGUGGAGGUGGAGGGGCGGGGAGUCUGUGAUGUGGGGGUGGCCAGAGAGUCUGUGAGCAGGAAGGGAGAUAUCAGCCCUAACCCUGAGCAGGGGAUCUGGGCUGUGCAGUGCAGUGAGGAUUGGUACUGGACUCCCACAACCCCUGAUCAGGGCACCCCCUUGUCCUCGAGCUGUGCACCCAGCAGGAUCCGGGUUUAUCUGGACUGUGAAGGAGGGCAGGUGACGUUUUUCCAUGCUGGCAAUGGGGACCCGAUUGUCACUUUCCCGUCGGCCUCCUUUGCUGGGGAGAGAAUCCGCCCGUUCUUCCGGGCUGUCCCGCCGUUCUUCCAGGCUAGCCGUACUGGCCCCCGGUUCUGGCCUGCUGUUACUGUGCGGCUCCUCUAAUCUCUAUAACCUCAGCCACCCAGUCUCCCCCACCCCCCCGCCCCAUUCCCCAUAGACAGGGCUGAAGGGGGGUGAUGCUCUACCUGUAGCUCUAUGGCUGUGGAGGUCUGUGGGAGGCUCUAGGCUGGUCUCUGUGCCCCUAGGAGGCCAACUCUGUGUGGAAUAGGGGGAAGAAUCAUCCCUUUUCCAGCAAACGUGAAAGAAUUAAGAUGUUGAAGUGAUUGUUCCCUUAGACAGUGUUUAUGGCAAAGCUAAUAUUGGCAGAUUGUGUUAUAAAGUUUCCUUGUUGGGCUGACCGUUGUCAGUUCCGGUAUAGAUUUCACUUUCUUUGUGAUUAAACUAAUGUUAUACGAAUCAGCAUUUUCUGAGGGCUCCAAGGCAGGUGCUAUUUCUUAGAGAUAGGAGAAAAAUAUUUUCUCUGACAACUUAAUGUUAAACGUUAAAAAAUUGAAGGAAAUUUAAAACAUGCUGUUUUGUUGGACAAUUUUUGUGGAAUUUUUCCUGAGUUGAAAAAAAUUAAACCAAAUUUAACAAAACAUUUCAGUUCUUUGGUUGUUAUAUUCCCCCCACCCACGCUUUUCGCUCUGCCUUUUCUCUCCCUUCCAUUGGAAAAUGGGGGGGGAGGGGAGGAAGAGGAGAGAAAGAAAAGUGAGCAGACACACCCACAAUUCCAAGUUUGUUUCACUUUUUCAGUAGCCAAGACUCACAAAAGCAUGUUUUGAUUAAAAAACUUAAACAAUUUGUCGUUUAGUUUAAUUAAAAAACUGAAAAAUUUCAAAGGAAUGAAAAAUUUCCCACAACAUUUUUCAUUUCCCUUGAAAAGCCAGUUUCCAAUGAAAAAAAAUCUAACCUGUGCUACCGCUUCUGAAGGCUCAAGUGUGGGAUACCUAUUUUGCUUCAGGUCUUCACCAAAAUGGUUAAUUGUGACCAGAUGCUUAAUAUUAACAACAAGGGGAAAGGAUCUCAGAUUAAAAUAGGGAAAGAACAGAUUAAAGAAUAUUUAGAUAAGUU